UUCGGCAGCUCAGCUAACGUCCUUUACUCUCGCAGAUUCGUCUGUUUCUUUCGAAACGUUCGAAUUUGUGGAGCGGUAUACUUAUAAAUUAUUUAUAACAAAUUUCUUACAGUUUAAUUAUAUAUUUAAUUUCUUCAUGAAUACGUCUGCAAGUUUACGGGCUUGGAAGGUUGUGAAACCACACAUUCCCCUAAUUAAAUUCAGAAAAGGUGGUAAGGAUAUCUCAGGCAUGAGUCCAAAUCAAUCAACUCACUUAGGUGUGGCACCGUCUCGUAGUCAGAAAGGUUUAGGAAUAGAUGACACAGAAUUACCUGCUAAAUAUUCUAGAAAGCCUCUUUCUCCGAUUGAAAUGGAAUAUAUAGAAAGAGGUGGACCUGAAUAGGUUUUAAAGAAAUUAUAAAUUGUACAUACUUAUUAAUUGUGCAAGAUACUUACCAAUGUAAGUAGAAUCAAGGGGAAAGAAAGUACACAUUUCCCUUUGGAAAGCAGCUUUGGUAAAUGAAUUUGAUACAUGGAUCUGAGUUGGAUUUCCUACUGUGAAUAUCUUUUCUUGUAUUUGGAUUUUAGAAUUGUUGUAAAUAAUGAAUAAAAACUUAACUUAUUUAGAUA